AUGCACAAAAACCAACCUCAGUUGCUCGAGGCUGGGCCAAUCAUUCUCCAUGACAAUGCUCGCCCGCAUAUCGGGAAUGUUGGAACAGAAAAGCUGCGCCAAUACAGUUUGGAGGUGUUGCCUCAUGCUCCCUACAGCCUGGACAUGAGUCCAUCAGACUUCGACUUAUUCCCAAAGUUGAAACAACCUAUGCGAGGCCAUUGUUUUCCCUCUCUGGAAGAGCUUUCUGCUGCAGUUACCCAAGCCAUUCAACAGAUAAACAAAGAUGGUGUCCUGGAUGGAAUAGUAAAGCUUCCCACACGUUGGGACUCGGUCAUUGAGAAGCAGGGGGACUAUACUGAAGGACUGUAA